AUGCCAAAUCGGACUACAAAAUCCAUCAAAUCCGCUUUUAUAGCCGGGGAUAUUAUUCUUGGAGGAUUAUUUCCUGUCCAUCAUAAAGGUGUCGGAGAACAACCGUGUGGAGAAAUUAAUCCGGAUCGUGGAAUCGAACGUUUAGAAGCUAUGCUUUUUACCAUUGAUGAAAUAAACAACAAUAACAAUAUCUUGCCCGGGAUUACCAUAGGUGCUUCACUCUAUGAUACUUGUGCCAGAGGUACUUACGCGUUGGAACAAUCGUUAGAAUUUAUCAGAGCUUCGUUUUAUUCUUUGGAUACUUCUGAAUUUGUGUGUUCGGAUGGCUCACAAGCCAAAGCAAAGUUUUCACCAACGAAAGUGACCGGUGUUGUUGGGGGUUCGUACAGUACUGUUUCCAUGCAGGUUGCAAAUUUACUAAGAUUGUUUAAACUUCCACAAGUGAGCUACGCGUCUACUAGUGCAUCUCUUAGUGACAAAACUCGUUACGACUAUUUUUUACGCACAGUGCCACCAGAUACUCUGCAGGCUAGAGCAUUAGUUGAUAUCGUACAAGAGUUUAAUUGGACUUACGUGUCAACCGUUUCCUCUGAGGGCGAAUAUGGGUCCUCAGGUAUUGACUAUUUCCAAAGAGAAGCUCGUGCGAAAAAUAUCUGCAUAGCCGCCAAUGUUAAAAUUCCAGCCAAAUCAACAAAUAGCACCUUUGACAGAACUAUUCGUGACCUUUUGGAAAAGCCAGAAGCCAAAGUUGUCAUAGUAUUCGUUAGAAUUGAAGAUGCCAAAGGCCUUCUUGAUGCAGCAACUCGUUUCAACCUAUCGGGAAAACAUGUAUGGGUUGCCAGUGACGCCUGGGGGAGGCAAGAUAAACCCGUUAAAGAUAACCUACUGGCGGGACAAGGUGCAAUAACUUUAGAGCUUCAAUCCACGCCUAUUAAGACGUUUGAAAAUUAUUUCCGAAACUUGAACCCGCGAACUAAUAUCCGAAAUCCAUGGUUUAGAGAAUAUUGGGAGGCAGUAAAUAAAUGCAGUUGGCGAGAAAAUACUAACAAACACGCUACUAGGAAUAUUAGAUAUUGUACUGGAGCUGAAAAACUUAAUAGAAAAAUCCACCAACAAGAGGGAAAGGUUCAGUUUAUUUAUGAUGCUGUGUAUGCAUUAGCCAUAGCUCUAGAUAAAAUGCAACGAUCUUUAUGCCCUAACACGACCAAAUUAUGCCCAGAAAUGGAAAGAAUUGAUGGAGAACAUUUCAAGGACUUUCUACUUAAUGUCUCUUUCAACGAUAAUUAUGGUGCCCAUGUACAGUUUGAUAAGAACGGCGAUGCAUUAGGGAGAUACACCAUUAUGAACUACCAAAGAAACAGAACAACCAGGCAUUAUGAAUACCAAGAAAUUGGCCGAUGGUCGAAAACAUUAAACCUAGAUCAUUCUAAAAUAAUUUGGGCAGGUGGAACGGAUAAAAUUCCAACAUCGCGGUGCAGUGAACCAUGCAAAGAGGGUGAAAUCAAAAACAUGCGACAAGGUGAUCCGUGUUGUUGGAUCUGUACGAAAUGUCAACCAUGGGAGUACGUUAAAGACGAACGUACGUGUGAAUCAUGCGGUACUGGUGGUUGGCCGUACGACAACAAAACGGGAUGUUACAGUCUUGUUAUCGAGCAUAUGACAUGGACGAGUAUCUAUGCCAUAGUUCCUAUGUGUCUGGCAGCGGUGGGCAUCAUGUGUACGAAUUUUGUAAUCUUAUUGUUUAUAUUGUAUAAUAAUACUCCGGUUGUGAUGGCGUCAGGACGCGAACUAAGCUACAUGUUACUAUGCGGCUGUUUAUUUUGCUAUCUCAUGACUUUUGUGCUUUUGGCUAUGCCAUCUGUUAUUGUGUGUGCUUUACAGAGAUUUGGUGUGGGAUUUGGUUUCUCCAUCAUAUAUUCAGCUUUACUUACAAAGACUAACCGAAUAUCGCGGAUAUUCGAAAGUGCUAGACGUUCUGCCAAAAGACCUCCAUUUAUUAGUCCUAAAUCGCAGAUACUUUUAGCUCUAAUAUUAAUUUCUAUACAAAUUCUGUUUACAGCAGUGUGGCUGUUGAUAGAGACUCCGGGCAUUCGACUCCAUAUACCUGACGAACGAAAGCCAUUAAUAAUUUUAAAGUGCAAAAGUGACGAUAUUUCAUUUUUAGUAUCGUUAGUAUAUAAUAUGUUACUUAUUAUAAUAUGUACAGUUUAUGCUGUGAAAACUAGAAAAAUUCCAGAAAACUUCAAUGAAUCCAAAUUUAUUGGAUUUGCUAUGUACACUACAUGUAUCAUAUGGUUAGCAUUCGUACCAAUCUAUUUUGGAACACUGAAUUCUUUUAAGAUCCAAAUAACAACACUGUGUGUCUCUAUAUCAUUAAGUGCAUCCGUUGCCUUGCUGUGUCUCUUUUUUCCAAAAGUGUAUGUGAUAGUCUUCCAGCCACAGAAAAACGUACGAAAAUUGACCAUGAAUUCUGCUAGUUAUAAAAUGGCCCAGACAGGAACAACAGGCACGACCAAUAACUACGGUAAGAAAUCCAUUUUAAUAGAAAUAUGUCAUUGUACUGUGUUCCUAUCUGCAUCAGUGCCUUAA